AUAAUGUUUUAACCCAAACAAACGGCAAUCUUCUGCAGGGUGACUGCAAAACAGGUGCUUUACGUUCUUGGACUUCAGUAUUUAACCGCAACAAUUGCCUGUGCAUUGAACAAUCUCCUCCCGGCAGUCACUCUUGUCCUUGCAGUCUUUUGGAGGUGCUCGGAAUAUGUACCUAAUACCUUUCAGAACAUCUAUAGUUUGUACUUUUAUACUAGUACUAGUAUGACUGGAUCAAGGCCUAUGGAUUUUAUAUUUAUUUUCUGGUUUUAUUAGGUUAGAAAAUGUGCAAAUAAGAACGGCGGCAGGGCAGGCAAAGGUUAUAGGAACCGUCGUAUGUGUUGGUGGAUCUACGUUGUUGUCUUUUUACCAUGGACACAUCAUUGAGAUAACAGAAUCCAAAUAUACCGUGAAAAUGAAUGAAACAAGUUCCAACAAGGGGGGAAACUUCCUCGGUGCGUUUCUAAUCAUGUUGAGCUGUGCUGCUUGGGCUGUUGGGAUCAUAAUCCAGGUCCAUGCUUGAUCUCUCUAAACACUUAAAUUCCUUUCACCCUUCGUCCAUUAAAUAAAUUGUUUCAAUCACCCAUGAUUUUCAUUUUUCAGGCACGACUAGGGAAGAAUUUUGAGGCACCUUGCACAACAACUGCAGUCAUGAGUUUCAUGGCAAGCAUUGAGUGCACUGCCAUUGCUUUCAUUUCUGAACAUAAAAUUUCUGCUUGGUCGUUAAGCCCCAGUAUCAGACUUAUUGCAUCUUUACAUGGGGGAAUUGUGUGUAACGCGCUGGCAUUUUGCCUAAUAACAUGGAGCAUAGAAAAGAAAGGACCCCUCUACGUCUCGAUGUUCAGUCCUUUGUCUUUGGUGAUCGGCGCAAUCCUAAGUUUUGCACUGCUACACGAAAGAUUAUUCAUUGGAACUCUUGCAGGGUCUGUUCUGAUCGUUGCUGGACUUUACGCGGUUCUGUGGGGAAAAGAUAGAGAGACUAAACAAAUGAAACCCAUGGGUAAUGAAAUGGAAACAAAGCAAGACGAUCAGGAAGGUGACUUGGAAGUCCAGGUUGGGAAGAUUAAUGAUCAUCCUACUAAGAUCGGAGAAAACCUCGAUCCUGUGCUGUCUUAAGGUUGGUUUUUUUAAAGCGUUUGAAGCAAGGAGGAGGUCGACACUGUUUUUCCUUAUAGAGAUAAUGGGUAAUUGGCUUGUUGUAAAUUUAGGAUGGCUCCAUUUGAUGUCAAAAUCAUGAAUCAUUUCUUUCUUUUGAAUGUAGCCAUAUGGUACACCCAUUAAAUCGAAUAGAAAUUG